ACACACCGCGAGCCACCUCCGCUCCCUCCGCUAAUGAAAGGCAAAUACGGCAAAUACGACUAGCACAACUUAAUAAUUUGAUAUCUUAAAUGACGUCACAGGCUCUUUGAGAAUUCGUGUUACUUUUCUCUGCAAAAUAGGUUCUCAACAUUCAUCGUAUGUUCCGAAAAUUUUAUACGACUAAUUUUGCCACAUUCAAUUGACCAAAUGUAUUUUUAGCAGAAUUUUCACUGUAAAAAUUAAUUUCUUAGCUUGAAGUUGUUAACUUUGAUGACGCAAGAUAUGCGAUUAGAUAAAAAUUUCUAGUGGUUUCCAGCAACCCUAGCGUUUGUUUUCUAUUUACUUUUGCUGUUGCUGAGAGGGAUGCAGUCAUGCAGUGGAUCCCCCAAGUGGAUCCCAAGGCCGUAUAAGAGGUGGAUCCAUUGCAUUGGACGCGAAAGCCAAGCUGCUACGCUCCCUAACCCAAAACAACAACAACUGGAUCCAUUGUUAUUAAAAAAAAGCUGGACGAGGCGGUGAAAUGGCGGGCAAUUUCUGGCAAAGCUCCCACUAUCAAGAAUGGGUCCUGGACAAACAGGAAUUAACCAGCAACCGCCAGGCAGACUUACAAGUGAUAACAGAAGAUGAGUACCAGAAGGUCAUGAUCUUCUUUGCCAACUUCAUCCAGGUGCUGGGCGAACAGCUGAAGCUGCGCCAGCAGGUGAUAGCCACGGCCACCGUGUACCUGAAGCGGUUCUACUCACACAACUCGCUUCGGUGUGUGGACCCGCUGCUGCUGGCGCCCACCUGUGUGUUCCUCGCCUCCAAAGUGGAGGAGUUUGGAGUCAUCUCCAACAGUCGCCUCAUCAACACGUGCCAGACGGUUGUGAAGAACAAGCUGGCGUACGCAUAUGCCGCUGAGUUUCCGUACCGGAACAACCACAUUCUGGAGUGCGAGUUUUACCUGCUGGAGAACCUCGACUGCUGCCUGGUAGUGUACCAGCCUUACAGGCCUCUGCUGCAGUACACACAGGACCUGAACGCCGACGAUAAUACGGUCUCUGUGGCGUGGCGACUCAUCAACGACAGUCUGCGAACGGAGGUCUGCCUGCUCUACCCGCCCUACAUGAUCGCCUUGGCGUGUCUGCACAUGGCCUGUGUGAUUCUCAACAAGGACAACAAACAGUGGUUCGCCGAGCUGCACGUCAACCUGGAGAAGGUGAUGGAGAUCUCGCGGCACCUGCUGGCACUCUACCAGCUGUGGCGCGGCUAUGACGAGAAGAAGGAGAUCCAGGCGCUGCUACAGAAGAUGCCCAAGCCCAAGACGCAGCCCUCCAGGCCACCUUCGAGUGCCCAGAAGGACCUGAACGGACAGUCCAAGGACCUGGGUGUCGGCGGAAAACACGGCUGACCCUGAUCAGUGAAAGCAGCUCUAGUACAUUCACCUCCGAGAAGGCGGAGACACGACCUGGGAAAACAGUUCCGAAUAGGGGACAUGCGACCUGGGACUGGGAAGACAGUCCCGUGAGAUUGUUGUUCCAUGGGUCGGUUUCCCGUAUAAAUGGUUGCUGAAAGGGAUCUUGACCCGGCUACCAGUAAACUGCUUCUUGAGGUCGGUAUUCUGUGACCAAUGGUUGGGAAAGACUUCUCCCGCACCGUCGCGAUAUUCCAGGAACGUUCCGUUUUAUUCGACCCUGUGACGCUCUACGUAGCGUUGUUUGCUUAGUUCUCCGAGCCGGCUAACCGGUGCUCACGUAAUACCGCCAUGUUUUGAUGACACAAGCGGCCAUGUUUUGAUGACCGAUCGACAAUGGGGGUGCGCGAUACCGGGGGAACCACUCGAGCUCGAAGGCCUGGCGUCUGGAAAAGGUUAAAAACUGUGUCGAGCGAGAUGAUGUCAUGCAAGGAUCGGCUCUUACCUGCUGGGUGUGUCGAACGUUUUUGAAAUGGUUGUUUGGAGAAGCAUCCCAGUUGUUCCCAAGUGGUCUCCAUCCAUCCGAAACCUGUGAUGGCGUGCUUGUUUGGGUGGUUGAGAAGGUUUGAUGGAAGUUUGUAGAAGACAUGCAUACUUGACUUGAAGCGCGAGGCUUGAGAUACGCGUGAAUAAUUCAUCACCGGAAUAGUUGCAGUAGCAUCAUGUUUCAGUAUCAUGUUUUUCUCUCUGUCUCUCUUUGGCGUAAACAAUAUCCGUCUUGUUCAUAGCGUAUGACUGCAGCUAGUAAUGUACCGAUCGGAACGACUGCGAUACACUUUUGGAGCGAGAUGAUUGAUCACGGCAGGAAUAUGCACUGUAAGUAAAUGCCUUUUUGUAUAUUGAUGUGCAACAGACCAAUGCCCGUUCUGCAGCGUGGGUAGUUUCAUUCCGCCUUCGCGGAUGGAUUGUCAUUGUGUGAUGCUUUCUGCCGGCAAAUAAAUGCAUUUCUGUGACCAA